ACAUGCAUCGACUUUGAGUUACGAAGAACCACAAACUGUAAACUGCACAUAAUGGCUCCGCUAAAACGGUAACCAGUGCAAGGAGGAUUAGAACUGUAGCCUGCAUGGAGACAAUCAUUUCACGGUGGUAAACAAAAAAUAGGCGUACAGAAGUUUAUCAGAGAGGGGAGUAUAUAGACAGGCCUCCAUGUAUCUUAAGGUAAUGUAUAGCGAGGAAGACAGGAAUGGAUCUUUUCUGCAUCCGGUUUAAGCUGUACCGCUAAGGCUUCCGAGCUACGUCACCAACAACUGGUUACAGUGAUGCCGUCCCAACACCCCAACGAUGUCCUGCCCCGACCAAUAGACUUACACCAACUGAUACAAAUUUCCCGCCGAGUCAACAAUCGUCCAUUGGCCGCCCUGACAGCCGAUGGCUUCCAGACUCAAAAAGAGUGUCACAAGGAUGUUGAAAAUGUGCCGUUCCGCAUUAGAAAAAUGGCGGACAACAAUUCCAACGGCUUCAAGUUGCCACCCGUAAACGGCAGUGGGCAACUGGUUGCAGAUGACUCCAGCAAGAAUGCCAGUAAGGAAUUAUCUCGGGGCCAUGGUGAAGCCAGUUUUAAAACCAGACAAGAAUCAUCGCGUUAUCAACAGGUAGUCCGGAGGAGAUCUCGGCCACACCAAAGCAGUUGCAGCAGCGACACUCCCACCAUAGCGUCGUCAGCUGUAAGUAGCUAUGAAAAAAGACGAAGCUUAAUAGGGCUAGAUAACUGUGAAGUUGUUUUUCCCACUUCUGUCUCCCACCAAAGCCUAAGGCACAAUUCACUUGACAAACUGCAACUUUCAAGAUCCCAAGUACGAUUCAGAAGACGCUCAGAUUAUGACAUAUUUGCUGCUGAAUGUCGCUCGGAAGGCGGUUCUACAAAAUGUACGCUUCACGAAUCGUUUCUGUCGUCCAAGUUUGAAGAGCAACCAUUUGACAGAGAAACGGAUACCAGCAAACCACAACAGGUUGUGCAUGUGCCUAAAUGUUUGCCACUGUUUGAAGACCCCCAACCUCCCGUGGCAGAUAUGACUUUCCACACACUCCGUGACAUGCAGCUACGUUACAAGAAUUUAAUGCAACUGAGUAAACACGAGCAAUUUUCAAAUACCCCGGUGUCAAAAGAGCGAAUACGCAAGCCACAUACAGUCCCCGGCCUGAAAUCACAAAAUAAUUUGGGCUCGUGUGGCGCCGCUGUAAACAAAGAUUUGGAGCUUCUAGCCGUUCUCUCGGUAAAACAUAAAAGCAGAAGUGAAUCUUGUGCAAAUUCCAUUACUCACAAUUCAGUCGCACUUCGCCUGGCUAAGAAAUGGAAUAGUAAUGUCAACUCAGAAAGUGAUCUACUUCUCAAUUCCGUAUCGAGGAGGGAGAAAAUAUAUGAGAACCGAAAGAAGUUGAAAAAGAAGGGACGUAACAAUAGCAAGGCGAAAAAGAGGAGCUGCUCUGAAGGAGGACAGUGAGCGCAUGCUCAUAACAAAGGCCAUAGAAAUGGGGAACGCAAAAACCAAGACCGUGACACUCUGCUCAGACCCUGCGACUAAUAUUGUUGUGGAAAGAAAACAACAGGAACACGACAAUCUUGCUCCCAAAGGCACAGUCACAAUAUCCGGCGUUUCUCCUGUGCGCAAAUCAAUAGAAAUUACUCUUCCUAAUUGCACCAUCGUGUCAAAUGCAGACGAUGAAAAUGACACAAGUUUUAAAGACAAGGAUUCCGUGUUUACCCCUCUGCUUCCUGGCAUCGACGUUGAUGACGACUUAACUGAUGACGUUUUUGACACUGACGACUGGCAAGUACAACACAGCUUACGGGAGACAACCACGACACCCGAGGUAACGUCUGCUGAACUUGGUAUUGCAGAUGAAAAUCCCUGCGAGGAAUCAUCUCGAGUGGACUCCAGUUCAGUUUUUGUCGGGGAUUUCCUCAGCGUACCGGUAAGCACUGUAACUCGCAGGUUUGAUGUGCUGUCUGUUGGAAGAACAGGUAGGUCCAGUGGUAUGGACAUUCCGGAAAUACGAAUGAUUUGCGCCACGCCAUUACCCCCAGGUUCUCCAGAAUAGGAAAACGUACACAGAACAAUUCUUUUUUUCUAAUUGGUACUCUUGUUAGUACUGCCGCUAGUACUUUCACUCGUUCUCUGGUUGGUACUAACAAUAGUACUAUCAUUUAUACUCGGUGGUACUCUCAAUAGUGCUAUGUACUCUCGGUAGUUAGUGCUCUCGUUUUAGUAGGGCCUGCUGUAGUUGGUAGUCUUAUUAGUACAAUCGUUGGUACUCUCGUUAAUGAUUUCGUUGGUAAUCUCUUGGUACUCUCGAUGGUACUUUCUUUGACACGGCACUCUCAUUAGUACUCUCAUUGGAACUCUCGUUGACACCAAUCGAUUGAAACAAAACGUGAAUUACUUUUUAAAACUGAUUUCCUUUAAAGGUGUGGUCUACACUGUUCGCCGUGUUCCGUGUGAGUAAUACACAAAUAUUCUCAAACGUUUGUUAAAACUUUUAUGUCAAUUAUAUGCAUGUAAUUAUUUAAUUGUUCACAAUUGUAUACAU